CACCAUUAACUGAACAAACAUCCUAAAAACAGGACAGCACCAGCAGGAGACAGAAGAAAGAACGAGCCAUUUACUACAAUUUGAGGAUCAGCAUUGCAACAGGUACUGCUGAGAGUAUAGCAACACUACACUGCUGACGACUGGACUGUGACUAUGGGCGCUGGCCAGAGCAGUGACAAGCUCCACUGUAACCGCUACCUGGAUGGACAAGGUCCUCCAUCAUUGACACAACAAGCUAGUGACAGGGUGAAUGGAACUAGCUACAGACUAAAUGGCUGCCAACCCGAGGGCCAGAUGAACAUGGAAAUCCUACACAGAGGCCUGCCAGGAUUUCCCAAUGACAACACCAUACAGAUCACCUUCAUGUUUCCAGAUGGAAUACAGACAGAGAAACACCCUCACCCUGGACAAACGUAUGCUGGGCUGCAAGUUACAACGUACCUGCCUGACAAUCAAAAGGGUAGGGGGCUUCUCAGGCUGGUUGACAAGGCCUUUUACCAGAAGCUCUUGUUCACUGUAGCCACUGGCAAAGACGGAAAGGACAAGGUCACAGCUUCCAUUCCCUUAAAAGUGAAUCCAGAUGGAGGGAGCAGAAUUGAUGAUCCUCCAGACUCGGACUACCUGGAGACCGUGAGAAAACUAUUGAAGGAUAAAGGCAUUGAAUGACACGGCGAUACACAGUGCUGGAUAAAAGCAGUGAAAACACUUUAUCAGUGAUUAGUCAAUGAACUUGCCUUCUACUGUAAAACCAAGUUUACUAUAGUGAGACAUUAGAGGUCUUGAUAAAUCAAUCUCAGUCGAUCAGAGCAUGUGUCAUACACAAAUAAAACAUGUCUAUUAAAAUAUUAAAGGA